AGCUUUGAGUCAGGAUCAAGAGCAAUACCGGAGCUGGAGGGCUUUACAGCCCUUCCCGAGGGUCGGCUGGCUGAUGCCUACGACUAUUUUGCUCUAAGGCUGGCCGACGUCUGUUCAGGUUGCCUCCAGGGCUGCCGAUUCUGCGGUGGUGUCUGUCCUGGUGUUGGGGUGCUUGAUCAACUGCCACUCGGAUCGGACUCAGCCGCCACUCCCAGCAACAUUCACGCUUCGUUCUGA